CCUCUUCUUCUUCAAUUCAAACCAAAAUCCCAAAUCCUCAAAUUCGAUUUGUAUCAAAUUUUCUUCACAAAAUGUCUGGUCGUGGGAAAGGUGGCAAGGGUUUGGGAAAGGGAGGUGCCAAGAGGCACAGAAAAGUUCUUCGUGAUAACAUUCAAGGUAUCACGAAACCUGCGAUUCGUAGGUUAGCGAGAAGAGGUGGCGUUAAGAGGAUCAGUGGUUUGAUCUAUGAGGAAACCAGAGGAGUUCUGAAGAUUUUCUUGGAGAACGUGAUUCGAGAUGCUGUGACCUACACCGAGCACGCUAGGAGGAAGACGGUGACUGCCAUGGAUGUGGUUUAUGCGCUCAAGAGGCAGGGAAGGACCCUCUACGGUUUUGGAGGCUAAAGAAUUUAACCCUUCUUUUCUGGGUUGCAGGAUAAGACAUUGGUUCUUUUGAAUUUGCGUGGUGUUUUAGUUUAGGUUUGUUAUGUAUCAUACGAAUCUCUGGUUUGCAUAGAAAAUAUUUCAUUUGAAAUUUAAAUGGAGUAUCGUUUCUGUUAGGCAUAUUAUUUCGGCUAAAUUAGUUUUUUUUUCUUCUA